AUGGGUCAUAUUAAAGGUCUUGAGAUCCUAAACGACUGCAGUGAAAAUCAAAGAAUUCUCAGCAAGGUCCUUGACUGGCUCACGGCCAGGUGGAACAGAAAGGUAAUGGACUUCGUAGAAGAAACACAAGACUUUCCUAGUUUCCACACCUUUGUUGAUUUUGUAUCUAGAGAAGCCAAGAUAGUUUGCAAUCCGAUGACUUCACUUCAUGCUCUGAAGAGCCGUGAUGCUGAAAGGGCAAAGCCAUCUAAAAUCCGCAAUGUUGGUGCAAGGGUGCUAGCAAGUGCAUCUGAAGAGAAGACAGACGUUGAAGGACAAAGAGGCGAUGCUAAGGGAUGCAUGUUUUGUGAGAAGACAAACCAUUGCAUUCAGACAUGUCGGAAGUUCAAGGAGAGGCCUGUCAAGGAGCGAGUUAAGUAUGUGCAGACAAAGAAAUUGUGUUUUGCAUGUCUAAGGCCAGGACACCACUCAAAGAGCUGCGAAAGGAGAAGUGUUUGCAACACGUGCAAUGGAAGGCAUCCCACAUGCUUGCAUGAAGACCGUGCUAAGGCGGAUGAAGGGGUCCAAGCUGAUAGACAAAGGGAGAGUGGAAAACCCUCAAAGGGAAAGGAAAUGUCUAAAGAGCCGAAACAUAGUGACACAGAAUCUACAACUAUUGAAGUAACAAGCAUAGCUAUGUCUAACCAAGUCAUGCACAAUGGGAAUAGCACAUAUGCAUCCACAAUAGUGCCAGUUUGGCUGUCAACGACAAGAAACCCAGAUGCCGAAGUUCUGAUAUACGCUCUGCUGGACAGUCAGAGCGAUAGCACCUUCAUCUUACAUGAAAGGGCAGAGGCUCUUGAUACACAGAUGGAUCCAGUGCAAUUAAGGCUUUCCACUUUAGCGUCUAAACAGACUGUAAUACCAAGUCACAAGUUAGCUGGGUUGCAGGUCAGAGGGUUUUACUCCUCCAAGAAAAUCCCACUUCCUGUGACUUAUUCGCGAGACUUCAUCCCUGCUAGUCUGAGUCACAUUCCCACACCCAAGACAGCAAGAGCAUGGUCUCACCUAGAGCACCUCGCUGAAGAGAUCGCUCCUCUGAUAGACUGUGAGAUCGGUCUGCUCAUAGGGUACAAUUGUUCUCAAGCCCUGUUGCCAAGGGAAAUUGUAUCAGGCAAAGAUGAUGAGCCCUUCGCAGUAAGGACCGAUCUUGGCUGGAGCAUAGUUGGAUGUGUUAAUCCCUGUGUCGACUAUGGAGAUGCUAUUGGAAGCAGCCACAGAAUCAUUGUGAAACAAGUCACACCAGAGGUACAGUCAGAUAGUGACCUAACAAGUCAAGUUCAGUACAUAUGCAGAACUCAAGUCAAGGAGGUCAUUGUUCCGACAGAUGUGCUGAAAGUGCUUGAAUUGGAUUUCAGCGAGAGGAAUGUAGAAGACGCUCAUUUCUCUCAAGAUGACCUUCUCUUCAUCACGAAAAUGGAGGAGGGCAUAAAGACACAAAGAAAAGGAGCGCGCAAAAUGCCAUUGCCAUUUAAGGAAGAUAGGCCGCAUCUGCCUAACAACCUCAAGUGUGCAAAUCAUCGCCUCCGGUGUCUGAAAAGGAGAUUUGAGAAAGACAAGAAAUAUCACGAGGACUAUGUUGCAUUCAUGAAGGACAUCAUAUCCUGUGGAGAUGCUGAGAAGCCGUGAUGUGCGACAUUGAGCGCAUGUUUCACCAGUUUCGGGUCAGAGCAGAAGAUCAGGACUACCUCAGGUUCCUUUGGUGGGACAACGGGGACAUCGAGUCAGAACCAUCAGUUUACCGAAUGAAGGUGCACCUA